AUGGCUGCGGCAGCUCGACCUGCAGCCGUACCACCCAUGUUUAACCCGCUGUUUCCAGCUCCGAACCCAUUAGCUGCUCAUUUUGGACUGAAUCCGCAUUGUAAUUUGCCACCAGCUGGGAUCUUUCCCACACCACUUAACGCGUUUAACUCGUUAGCGGCAUUGAAUCAGAUGCGCCGCCCAUUCGAUGAUGAUGGUCCCAAGAAGAAAAGAAGCAAGGUUACCGAUAGUGUGCGAAAACUUAAUGGUGGUACACCUAUGGUUCGUGAAGGGUCACCAAGUAGCACGAGAAGCAGCCCUGUGCUAUCUCAAACAACGCCACUGUCAAAUUACUUCCCACCUACCAUGGUUGGUCAUCCCUUGUACGGCGGUGCAACCUUUGGAGAAAGAGAAGGAAGUCCCACAAAUUCGGAUGAAACUAGUGAAUGUGGAGGUUAUGAUGGAGGCCAAAGCUCAACACUUACUCCUGUACACUUAAGAAAAGCCAAAUUGAUGUUUUUCUACACUCGUUACCCCAAUUCCACCCUACUCAAGUCGUACUUCCCUGAUGUACGAUUUAAUAAAAACAACACAGCACAAUUGGUGAAAUGGUUCAGCAAUUUUAGGUGAGU